ACGGUGCAGAUUAGCUUGUAGGUUCAACCUAAAUUUUUAUUUGAAUUUAUAAUUAGUAUUAAUAUAAUUUGUUUGUAUUUAUCUAUAAUAUUAUUUAAUGUAAAACAAAAUGCUGGUGUGUGAUGUGAUUUACUUGCCCAGAGUGCCCUAGAGCUUCUGCUGUGGCUCUGUUCUGGAUGGUUCUUCAGACUCAUGUCACAGAGUUCAGCACCACAGAUACUGUCUCUUUAAAACUGGCCUGUCUUUUUACUGAGGCCCAAAACAUACUCUCCUUUUACACUGUCGCCACACCAUUACUUUUUGGAUUGCUCGGUAGACAUGAGAGGAAAUUUUUCUUCAGGAUUGCCCUUGCACUGAUAUAUAGAAUAAUGUACUGAGUUUUAGGCUGUUUGAUCUUCUCUAGUAAAUUUGAAUCAAAUAUGGUAGCCUUUAAUACAGUUUUUUUUUUUUGUUAAUGUGGUGUUUCAGCAUUGGUAUUAUUGUCACAAUACUAAAAUAUAAAACUCGAUACCUGAAACCGAUUUUGAUUCUAUGAUGAUAGGAAAGAUAAUUUUUCAUGUUGUUUUACUGAUUCGUAUCUGGGUACUGUUUUUUAGGAGUAGGCAUAAUUAUCUAACAGAUGCAUAAAUCUGUAUAGCUGAUGCAUGAAUGAAUGACAGCAACUCCUUCACUUGUAUGAAUGUGUGUGCAGACUGACCUGUUCCCCAUGCGACGGUCUCUGUCCCAAACUAUGUGUGGGAAACAAGACCAUCGACUCCGUCACUUCAGCUCAGGCUCUGAGAGGCUGCACUGUGCUCCACGGCAACAUGAUCAUCAAGAUUCGAGGAGGCAAUAAUAUUGCGGCUGAGUUGGAGGCUAAUUUGGGUCAGCUUGAGGAGAUCACAGGGUACCUGAUGGUCCGACGAGCCUAUGCCCUCAUCUCGCUCUCCUUUUUCCGAGAACUGCGUGUCAUCAAAGGAGAACAUCUUGAACAAGAUGCUUUUGCCUUUUAUGCUCUGGACAACCAAAACCUGCGUGAGCUGUGGGACUGGUCUAAACACAACCUAACCAUUGUGAAUGGCCGCACAUUCUUUCACUUCAACUCCAAGCUUUGCAUGUCUGAAAUUAGAAAGAUGGUGGAGGUAACAGGAGUGAAGGAGCGCAACAAAAAGAAUGAUAUUGCUGCACGAACCAAUGGGGACCAAGCAGCCUGUGAGACCAAACUCCUAAUAUUUACACAGGUGAAAACAUCAUCUAACAAGAUUAUGGUGAAGUGGGAGGCAUUCUGGCCACCGGAUUAUAGGGACUUAUUGGGAUUUAUGGUCCUUUAUAAAGAGGCCCCUUUCAGAAAUGUGACUGAGUUUGAUGGGCAGGAUGCUUGUGGCUCCAACAGCUGGAUUAUUGCAGAUGUUGAGCCCCCACGGCGUAGCCCAGAGAACAAGAAACAAGAAGAACCAGGACACUUGAUCAGACCGCUCAAGCCCUGGACCCAAUAUGCCAUCAUGGUUAAAACACAGCUCUCCGCCUCUGAUGAGCACCAGGUCUACGGUGCAAAGAGCGAGAUCAUCUAUGUUCGCACCAACGCCUCCAGGCCUUCCAUUCCCCUGGUGUAUAUGUCCUCCUCUAAUUCAUCCUCUCAAAUCAUCUUAAAGUGGAAGCCUCCAACCAACCCCAAUGGCAACAUUACGCACUAUACAGUCAAAUGUACAAAGCAGCCUGAAGACAGCGACCUGUACAAGUUUGACUACUGUUUACAAGGGAUGAAACUACCUUCUCGCACCCCGACCCAUUUGGACAUUGAUGAAAAACAGAAGUGGAAUCAUACCGAGGAGCCCAAUGUGGGGGGAAACUGCUGUGCUUGUCCUAAAACUGAUAUCCAACUGAAGAAGGAGCAGGAGGAGAGAGAGUACAUCAAAAUGUUUGAGAACUAUCUUCACAAUGAAAUCUUUGAGAUCAGACCAGCCAGGCGCAGACGUUCUGUAGGAGUUGCCAGUGCCACCCAUACACCUUUUAUACUUAGCACCUUUGCAUAUGGCCCUACUACUGUCACUCCUAAAGAUGAAGGAUCCAAGGUUGAGCUCAAAGUGUUCUCUAAGGAGUCUACAGUUAUCUCCAACCUUCAGCACUUCACCAGUUACAAGAUCGAGGUCACGGCCUGCAACCAUCCCACAGACCCUGACCGCUGCAGCAUGCCCACCUUUGUCAGUGCACGCACCAUGCCUGAAGAAAAAGCAGAUGAUAUUCCAGGCCCUGUCACACAUGAAAUAAUGCAUGGUGAUACUCACGCUGUACUAAUUAAGUGGAGUGCCCCUGUUGCUCCUAAUGGGCUCAUCAUUUUGUAUGAAGUCUUCUAUAAGAGGGUUGGGGAUACAGAGCUUCAUACUGCUUGUGUAUCACGACCGGCUUACCUCAAAAUGGGUGGCACAAAGCUCUCUCUUGUGCACCCAGGCAACUAUAGUGUGAGGGUCCGUGCCACAUCUUUGGCAGGAAAUGGUUCUUACACAGAUACCACCUACUUCUUCAUGCCUAACAAAGAUCCAGAUGUUAUCUGGCUUGUUAUUGGGCCAGUUAUUUGCUUCAUCUUGCUGCUUAUUGUGGGAGCUGGUGUAUUUGUUGUUUUCAAAAAGAGGCAGACUGAAGGCCCAACUGGACCCCUUAUUGCCUCUUCUAACCCUGAGUACAUCAGUGCAAUUGAUGUGUAUGUUCCUGAUGAGUGGGAGGUGCCCAGAGAGAAGAUUAAUGUGCUGAGAGAGCUGGGGCAGGGCUCCUUUGGCAUGGUGUACGAAGGAAUUGCCAAAGACAUCGUCAAAGGAGAGCCUGAGACACGCGUCGCUGUCAAGACGGUUAACGAGUCGGCCAGCCUGAGAGAGAGAAUAGAGUUCCUAAAUGAAGCUUCGGUCAUGAAAGCCUUCAGCUGUCACCACGUGGUCCGUCUACUUGGUGUGGUGUCGAAAGGUCAACCCACACUGGUUGUCAUGGAGCUGAUGACCCAUGGUGAUCUUAAAAGCUACUUACGCAGUCUAAGGCCUGAUUCUGAGAACAACCCUACGGGCCGGCCGCCACCAACACUGAAAGAAAUGAUUCAGAUGGCUGCAGAAAUAGCUGAUGGUAUGGCUUACCUCAAUGCCAAGAAGUUUGUGCACAGAGAUCUGGCAGCAAGAAACUGCAUGGUGGCAGAGGAUUUCACAGUUAAGAUUGGAGACUUUGGUAUGACACGAGACAUAUAUGAAACCGACUACUACCGUAAAGGUGGGAAAGGCCUGCUCCCUGUCCGGUGGAUGGCACCAGAGUCUCUGAAGGACGGUGUGUUCACUGCCCACUCUGAUUGCUGGUCAUUUGGGGUUGUGCUGUGGGAGAUCAGCACACUGGCAGAGCAGCCAUACCAGGGUCUAUCCAAUGAACAGGUCCUAAAGUUUGUUAUGGACGGAGGCUACCUGGACAGACCUGACAACUGCCCUGAGAGGAUGCACAGCCUAAUGCAAAUGUGCUGGCAAUACAACCCCAAGAUGCGUCCAACGUUUCAUGAGAUAAUCGAGAUGCUGAGAGAGGACUUGCACCCAUCCUUCCAGGAUGUGUCCUUCUUCUACAGUGAAGAGAACAAGGUCCCAGAGACUGAGGAGUUUGACUUGGACCUGGAAAACAUGGAGAGCAUCCCACUGGACCCAUCGUCUUACUCCCAUAGAGAGGAGAGUUUAGGCAGAGACUGUGGGCCGUCAGUGGGCCUGAGGGGGAACUAUGAGGAGCAUGUCCCCUACACACACAUGAACGGUGGAAAGAAAAAUGGACGAAUCUUAUCGCUACCCAGAUCCAGCCCAUCCUAACAUUUCCUGUUUUCUAUGAACUCCAUUUCUCCUUUUCUCUGUUCCAGUCCGUCUCUUUACCUUCUGUUGCGUUGUUAAUUUUUUACUUCAAAAACACAGAUCUCAGGACCUUUUCUUUCUUCCUCAUGGCUGCCAGUCACAGGCAAAACCGGACAUGAUGCAAACAUGGUUCCCCAUUUUUCCUUCUUCCACAUCAAAACUUCUGUUGUUUUUAAUCAUGUUUACCAAACUCCUUUCCAAAUAGAAACAGAGAGAUACUGUGAACACAACAAACCUUAGACAACUAGAAGACUGCUUAUGCUCCACCUCUCUAGACUCCACUUCACACCAGUCUGCAUUUUCACAUCCAGUGCUCCCCAAGUGUAAUCUUUCUACUCAGAUAGUGGCCUUUUUGUAUAUGGUCUCAAAGCGCCUUUCAACGCUUCUGUUAAUUUCUUUUUAAACAAUGACUUUUUGGAACAAUGGAAGAUUUGCAAAAGACUUAAUCAUAGAUCAAACAUGUAUUCCUAGAGGAAUUUAGUUUUUUGGGUUUUUUUUUUUGUUUUUGUUUUUGUUGUUGUUGUUUUGUUUUUGUUUUUUUUAAGAAAUUGUUUUUACAAUUAAUUCCUGCAAAAUUCCAAACUACACUUGGAUUCAGUGGGUUUAUGAUAGUUUAAUUUAUUUUGUUUUGUUUCCUCCUUUCUCUCUUUUCUUUUCCGGUCCUCACUUUAUGGCUGAAGGAUAUUUAAACUGUUAUGAAUUGGACAAAAUAUUUCCUCAGACUGACCAAUAGCUGCUGCUUUGUUAUAAUUUAGUGGGAGUAGAAUAAUAUAAAUAUAUAUAAUUUAUACUAUAUAUGGAAUAUUGGUUGUGCACCAAUAUUUUAUAUAUAAUAUAUGACACUUUUGUAAAUAGUACAUAUUUGUAAUGUUUUUCAGAGGCUUUGCUAGUAUUUCAUUUUUAUGUUGCUGUUUUUUCCAGAUUUUAAAAUAUAUAUAUUUUUCUAGCCCCAGAAAUCCCACUAAUCUACCAUCACUAUUCAUGUGUGUCUUAGGCCUCCAGUUUCUCACUGCUCUGUACAUCUGGAUGGAGCUGAGAAAGCCACAAACUAUUGUCAACACGCCAGUCACCACAUCAUGUUUCUUUUCUAUAAUAAUUAUUAUUAAAAAUCUGGAAGCUGUCAACAUUUAGAGGCAACCUUACAAUAGCAACAAUGAAAAAGACAAAAAAUCUGAAUAACCAAAAAGCUUUAGAAAGGGGGAAUGAGGUCUUUCUGAAUUGCACCUGGUUUGUCAGUCUGCUGCUGUUCUCUGGUCAGAUCAUGCUGUAGCGAGGCCUCUGUGUGGUGCUGUUGCUAGUCUAAUGCCUGUUAGUGCUGGUUGGUAGGGGAUGUCACUGAAGCUGUAGUCAGUGACAGUAGAUUUAGCCUUUGGUCUUCCAUGUAAAAAGUUCCUUAGAUGGACUUUACCUCUGGAAGAGUUUUACUGUUCUGUUCCCUUUCUCCUCUUCAGUUAUUUGGGAGCUUCCUAUUGGUCAUGAAACCCUCAACCCCAAAAUCAGGCUACUGGAAUUUUCCACGUUUGGAGUUUGCCGUGAGAAGUGUGGAAAGUUCCAUGUCCACAGCAGGUAGAGCGGAACAGAGCUUCGACUUUUGACUGUAGCCAGUGAUAAUUAUUAUUCCUUUUAUUCCCUCUAUCUACUCACAAUUAGGCAGCCACGGUCCCACACACAACAGCACUGUCACUCAGGUCUGACAUUCCAGGAUGAAUGACUGCUGGCACUGCUUGUACCAUCACAUGCAACAAGUGUAUUCACUCAAGAGGAAAUGUAUCUAAAAUGUCCAUGCUAAAAUGCCCAUUCAAAAUAAUGGCCCAACUAACAUUGAUUCAAUCAUCAUGUCUGUUUUUGCUUAAGCAGAGGGAGAACUCUUAAGUCAAUACAUUAGUUGCCAAUAUUACUGAACAGCAUUCAGCACUUACUGUAAAGCCAAAGGGUUGGCAACAUCUUGUCAACAACGAUCACCUGCAGAACACAAGAGCAAGACUAAGCAGAUAAGCUGCCUCCAUAAAUGAACCAGUGCCUUGUCCAACGCAGAGCCACGUCACAAAUAGUCUUGUGUGUUUAAGUGGGCAAAGAUUUGAGAGACUGAACUGUUUUUAAAUUUUAGCUUGUAGCAGUCACACUGUGGAUUAGCCUAAGAUGAUCAUGUCAGAAAUAGCCUUUUCAGAGCAGUUACAAUCUUGUUUUUUUUGUAUUUUGUAAUAUAAUAAUGAAAUAGUUUGGAAAUGGAAAAAAAAAAAAGAUUAUAUAAAAAGUCUAUGCCUGUUGAUUGGUUGUACAGACAUUGCAGAAUACAGUGGGCUUGAGCUUUUACCCCAUUCAACAAAAUAGAUACUAAAUAAUUGUCAUGGUGACUUCAGAAUGUCACCAUGAAGUAAUACCUGUUUUCUGCAUUUGAUUACAACCUUAGUUUGUAUGAUUGCCGUGAUUGGGAGACAGAUCCCUAAUGUCCUGCCCCAGUUCUCCAUGGUGUACUUCAAAUGCAUAUGCAACUUUUUAAAUUAAGGUGGUGCCCAUAUCUUUGAAAGACCAGAUAUUUAUUUUAUUAUGAACAUUGUCAUUGUGUAAGAAGAGCAGAGUUUUCUUUUUAGUUGAGUAUUUUUACUAUGUUGAUGGUGGUGUGGUGUAAUGGCCUUGGUUGUUGUCGUGUCAAGUGUAGCUGGCAGCACGCAGCUGGAGGAGCUCUAGUUAGAUGUUAGUCAAUGUUGUCGUCUUUGUGUUUUGCCAGAGUCUACCUCAGUGCAUAUGGAUGAAUCAGUCUGAAGAGCCUAAAUCAACCUUGUAGUUCACUUACUCCAGAUCCUAUCAUCUACCUUCACUUCUAGUAUUUUCCAUUGCAAUCAUGUUAAGACCUCCUAUGUUUUCUUUAUGUGUUCUUAUUAUUGCAAAAUUACACUAUGUCAACCUCAUCUAUUGCUAUGUGACUUAAAUUUGGCAUGAGUGUGGCAGUACAGUGGCUAGUAGGUUUAUCCUGGACACUGUAUUGUCACUGCUUAUACACACUAAAAGGGCCUCACUAUUUUAUGGGACUCGGCAUGGCUGACUUUAUGAAACAUAUCUGAUCACCUGCAUGUGUCCAAAACGGCACCCUCAUGUAAUCAAAACUAGACUAAACUGUAGUUUGUCAGAAUGCCCUGCUUCUCCUCUUUGGUCCGUCUUAUCCUAAUUCCAUUCUGUUAUUAUUUUGCUCUAUAUGUAUUUUUUUCUACUGUGAAUAUCAAAACAUGGCUUUUACUUUCUGUCUAUGCCACGGAUUGGUUCAAUUUUGAGCUGAUCAGAACAGUGGCAUAUGGGCUGGUUCAAAUUAAUGAAAAAGGGGAAUUAUUUUUCCUUCUUUGCAAAGGAAAGCUGGACUGGGACAAUCCUGUGUGCCAUACGAACUAUUCUAAACAGACCUGAAAUCUCGAUUGUAACUUUUUACGUCUCAGGGAGGCGGCCUAAUGCUUUGUGGUUGGAGGGUGAAAAGAGGAUGAGGGGGAUGGAGAGCUACCUACCUUAUAUCCACCCUGACCUACUCAAGUUCUCAGCAUCCUUUCAACAACAAAAACCUAAAGAACUCAUUGCAUAAAAUGAGUUUGUGCCCCUUUAUUUUCAAAUAGUCAGAAGGAAUUCCUCUUCUCUCAUUUGAUGUGGUUCGGACUGCCCUCUUGUGGUCGAACGGGAGCAUCGCAGGUCAGGGGUGGCAAAGCAACUCCACAGUGCCUUGCUUUCAGACUUUCAGCCCGCCUGACCCCUCCCACAAGGUCCACUACUCCUCAGCAGAACCACCACUGACCGGCAAGUCUUCACCAGUCCCUCAAGAGGAUUUUCCACCUCCAAAAUAUAAUUUACUUUUUCUGUGUUUUUUUAUUUAACAUUUGAUUAAAAAAUACUGUCAUUUCAGAUGUUGUGUUCGCUGAUAAUUAUUUUUAACCAAAAGUCUUCUCUGCUUCUGUCUGUCUGGCUUGCUUUGUGCAUGGAUCAUGAAUAAUGUGUACCAGCAGAUAGCCCAGUAACUUGACGUGUAGUGGUUUCCUUAUGCCCAAAAUCAUGCAAACCUAAUUUCAAUCUCACAAUUACAAUCACUGAUCCACCUUCAUGACAAUAUAAUAUGAAUUUGAUAAGCUCUUUUUUAUUGUGAAUACACCCCCAGGUCCUAAUGCAAGCACUUGAUUUUAAGGGGAAGUUUCGGUUUUGUUUUGUUGAACUCUGGUGACCUCUGAAGUGGUUAGGGCAGAGCACGUUAGUUACACAGCGCAGGGUGAGAACAAAGCAUUGUAUGUAUUGUCAUUGUCUUUUUGUUGAGAGAAAAAAGUAUUACAUUUUAGAAGAUGUUGAUUUCUAUUUUUUUAGCCAAAGUUAGGGAGGGCAAAACAAUGACUUUUUCAGACUGUAAACUUUUACUAUUCUUGUACAUUAUAAAUUUAACAUUGUUAUCAAUCUGUAUAUAACUUUUUUCUAAAUUGAAAAGAUGAAAAUUUUCAAUGUAGAGCCAUGGCAAAUGUCAAGGAGCAAGGCAAUGUAAAACUGUGGCCUGCAGUCUGCUCUUAACGCCCAUCUAAAACUGAAUUUAUAUGUUAUAAUUAUCAAAGAUGUUUAUUUUUUAUUUUGUGAUGAACUGGAAAAGACCACUGCACAUCCUUUAUCAAAGACAAAUGAGUGUGAAAUCCUAAAUAAGCUAAAAAAAAAAAAAAAAAAAAAAAAAAGUGAUUUUUAUUAUUACUGAUACUAUUUUUUCAGUUUGGACUGUAAAGUGUAGGAGUACAGUGGGCUGCGACUGUACCUAUUUAUGUUGUUUUGGAGAAAGUCGGGAAUCUGAAUCAGUGGUCUGCUCCAGUUUUAAAAGUUGGUCCCUGUGCUUGUUUAAAAUUAAUGAAUUUGUAUCUUCUGUGUUGUUUUUACCACUGCACCCCUCAUGUCUGACCUUCUGACCGCUGCUCCCCAUUCCUCUCCCUCCUCUGUGCACAUACACUACAGUCCCGGGAACGCUGUGUCAGGAUACUUCUUAACCUAUGUAUGUGUCCAGGCCCAAAUCUUAUACCAACGAGUACAGACAACGCUACCCCUCACACUGGAUCCAUAUGUGCCAUUACCUACGACAAUACCGACCUGUUUGCAAUGACACUCAACACAUGAGCAGAAAGACAUGAAUAUUGUACAGGAUCAAAAAUGUGCCAUGACUAAAUUAACGCUUGACAAUUUAUUUUUUCUAUGUUUUCAAAGGAGAGCCAAGUAGUGACUUGUACAGAAAAUGUUGCGAUGAUAUGAAAAUAAAAAUCUUGCUGUGUGUAAAUUAUUCAACAAUUAACUGUUUAUAUUAAAAUUAUAAAUAAAAUUA